CGUAAACUUCGUACGUGGUCCCGUAGGCAACGCUCACUUUCGCAAACAAACUCGACAAGACCACCAGCUUUCCACUCGCAAUUGCAACCCGCUCCAGGCUCCAGACAUCCACUGAUCAAAGACUCCAUUCCUGAUAACUUCUGACGCACCCGAUAACACUGCUACCUGUCCUUCGAGGCUUCGACUCACCUUUGUUUCCGCAUCUACAACAAUAAUCAACAACGUAAACUUACCACAAGAAGUAGAGUCUCUGAACAGAUACUCCAUCCACCAUGACUCUUGCCGAAGAACUUAGAUCAAGAAACUUCAGUAUAUACGGACAAUGGACGGGAAUCAUAUGCAUGGUUCUCUGCUUCGCCCUGGGCAUCGCCAACAUCUUCCAUUUUAGCAUUGUCAUCGUUUUCAGUGUCAUCUGCCUCGUGAGCUCCUUCAUCAUUCUAUUUAUAGAGGUACCGCUACUCCUUCGUAUCUGUCCAACAUCCUCGAAAUUCGAUGCUUUCAUCCGACGAUUCGCAACAAAUUACAUGCGCGCUGCUGUCUAUGGUGUGAUGAGCUUGGUCCAAUGGCUCUCACUCAUAGUAGAUACAACGAGCUUGAUCGCUGCUGCUGUCUUAUUGCUUUUUGCUGCAGUGUUCUACACUAUCGCGGGUGUCAAGGGCCAAGGAUUUGUCGGCAGCAAGACUUUGGGCGGCCAGGGCGUGGCACAGAUGAUUGUGUAGAGCAAAGACGAAAGGCAGCUACUACAGUGGCACCUUCCUUGGAAUGGUCUGCGAACCUUAUUUGGAACUUGAAGAGCAUUGGGAUGUUUGAGCUUGUGUAUUAUGUGGAGCGUGAAUUACGCUUCUUUGAUCAGUAGCUUUAAAAGUCGGACUGAUUUGCGCAGAGCACAAUGGAACUUGUGCGAUAUAGUACUUGGAGUUCUUUUCCCGUGUAUCAAUACCUUGGCGUUGCCCUCGUGGGAAAGGAACUGAUAUUCUGAAGCGACAGCAUAUUAACGUUGGUUAAGCAGACGCUGCGAACGGCUUUGUAGUAGAAAUUAAUGAAACUUGUGAUGAU